AUGGCUGCACCGGCUUACGGCAACGAUGCCUCGCGCGCAUCCAUCGCCUCCCAUUCCUCCAAGUCGGACGAUAAGGACAUUUCAGGCCCAGGCAUUACCCACGUGCACGACUCUGUCGAAGUCUCUCAUGGACCGCUGGACUUUUUGACGCACAAGUUUAAAAGGAGUCACGCGGAUCCCGAAGAUGCCGAGACCAGCUCGGUGGAUACGGAUCUGCCCCAGGGCAGACAAUUGGGCCUCAUCAGCGCCGUCUUCUUGAUCGUCAACCGCAUCGUCGGUACUGGUGUCUUUGCCACUACGAGCACGCUGCUCGCACAGAGCGGCAGUGUCGGUAUGAGUCUGCUGUGAGUGCCAGCGAGGGCACGUGACGGGCCAACAUUGCCCGAGACUGAUUCGCGCCCCCCCCUCUCCUCUGUCCACCAGGUACUGGGUGAUCGGAGCCAUUGUUGCUGCCGCAGGUUUCGCAGUCUAUGCUGAGUGGGCAACCGCUCUGCCAAAGAAUGGAGGAGAAUUGAAUUACCUGCAACACGCGUACCGCAAGCCCAAGUACCUGAUUCUUACCAUGUACAGCGCUCAGGCGCUCUUGUUGGGUCAAGCAGCCGGCAAUGCCCUGACGGCAGGUCGAUACUUUCUACGCGCUGGAGGCAGCACCUCUAACGGCUACGAUGCUCGUGGUAUCGGAGUCGCCGUCAUCGUCACUGCCGUCUUGCUUCACGGCACCAGCAUCAAGUGGGGCUUGCGCUUCCAAAAUGCCAUAGGAAGCUUCAAGCUCGUCAUUUUGCUCGUCAUCGCCUUUGCUGGAUUCGCAGCAUUGGCCGGUCACACCAAAGUGCCAGUGGAGAACAACUUUGCCAACGCUUUUGAAGGUACUCGAAACGACGUUUUCGGCAUUUCUUCUGCCCUCUACAAUGCUCUGUGGAGCUACGUCGGCUACUCCAAUGCGAUGUAUGCGGCAGGAGAAAUCAAGAAUCCUGCCAGAACCCUCAAAAUUGCCGGACCCUUGGCUAUCGGUGUCAUCACCGUGUUGUAUGUCCUCGUUCAGGUCGCCUACUACGCAGCCGUUCCCAAGCAAGACGUGCUCGAAUCAGAGCAAAUUGUCGCUGCACUCUUCUUCAGAAACGUCUUUGGUGAGCGCUCAGCCAGAGCGCUCUCCGUCUUUGUCGCUCUCAGUGCUACCGCGAAUGUCUAUUCAGGUGAGUCGAUGUAUGAGAUCAGUUGACGUUGCUUUGUUCGUGCGCUCACAACGCUUCGUCCGCCCGCCCUUUGAUUGUGUAAACCCACAGUCAUCUUCGCACAAGGCCGUUUGAACCAAGCUGUGGGAAGAGAGGGCAUCAUUCCAUUUGCUCGCGUCUUUGCGACCAACUGGCCCUUCAAGGCUCCUCUUGCAGGUCUGACGUGGCACGGUAUCGUCACGCUCGUCAUCCUGCUCGCCCCACCGGCAGGAGAUGCGUACAACUUUGUGCUCAACCUCUCCUCCUACCCCCUCAAUGUGGUCAACGCGGCAGUGGGUCUAGCACUGCUCAUCACCUACCUGCCCAUCCCUCGUCAAUACAAGCCUGUGUGGGCUCAAGAUUGGACUUCGCCUUACAAGGCCACACUGCCCAUCACCCUGUUCUUCUUUCUCAUCAGCACCUUUUUGGUCAUUGUGCCUUGGCUCCCUCCCAAGAGGCCCGAGGAUGCAGUCUACGAACACACUUGGUACGCCCUUGCACCCGCUGUCAGUCUGGGCAUCUUUGCAGGAGGCGCAAUCUACUGGUUCGCCUGGGCCGUCCUCUUUCCAAAGCUGGGUCGUUACGAAUUGGUCAGCACGGAAAUCACGCUUGGGGACGGAACGAUUGCAAAGGCAUUUGUUAGACAAAAGCAGUAA